UAAAAAUAUUCAAAAGUAUCUGUUGCUUAAAACAAAUUGCACGGAUCAACACCUACAGACAUGGUACUGUUUGCAUUCUUCAAGUAAAUAUUCUUAUAUUAAGUACUGUGGUUGUUCGGAAAACCACUAUUUGAAUCACAGUCAUCAAGCAAGAAUACAAUAUUCCCAUAACAUUAUAAAAUCGUCAUAUUCCGUAUCCAAGUUUAUCGUUUGAACACUUAAAAUGUAUUCGAAAAUCAUGAUGCUGUUUAUUUGCAUUGCAUGGUACGUCUUGCAAUGUCAAUGUGCUGAUGAAGGCCCUAGUGAAAGUCAACUUGCUGUGAUAGUAAAAAAAGUCGAUGAAAUUUAUCACGAACCGAAUGGCAUCAGCUAUGAUGACUUUUUUAAAGCUUUGCUUUCUAUACAAACGGAUACGAAGGCAACAGGAAAUAUCCUCAGCCGUGAUCAAUUUGAAAAGACAUUGGAAGGUCGUGAAUAUACAUUAACAGAUUGUUUAAAUCUAACGAGAUUUAUUGUAGGUGACGAUACUCAGCAGGAAUAUGCAGAAACAUUAUUUUAUAGAAAUGCAUGUCCGGGAAGUAUAAACUUUGUUAAAUUAAGUUUUGUCAUUUUUGGUAUAAGAGUUCAACUCAAUAUGGAUAUAUCCAUUCAUAAAGAAGACCAAUUGAAAGCGGAUAUUUUAAAAUACACUUUUCCUAUUCAGACAAAAGAAGAUGCCAUUAGAUCGAUUAUACAAAAUUUUAAUUUUAGGGUAACUUAA